CGUAAGCGUUGUCAGAGUUGAAGAAGAAGCCGAUUCUGGAAGCCAUUACGUUGCGCACCUCAGUUAAGUAAAAUCGUACUACUUUGACGUACUAUACGCACAAUUCGCUGUCGCGAGGACGCGGCGCUCGAGCAGCGAUGGCAUCUGCCUCCAAAAAGAGGAAAAUGAAUUUCUCUGAGCGGGAAGUGGAGAUAAUCGUGGAGGAGAUAGAGAAACAAAAACACACACUGGUGAACCACUUCAACGCCGGAGUCACACACAUGGCCAAGAAUCACGCGUGGAUGGAGAUCCUGAAGAAGGUGAACGCCGUCACCACCUGUCCCCGAGAGUUACUGGAGGUGAAGAAGAAGUGGUCCGACAUGAAGACCGAGGUGCGCCGGAAAGUGGCCCAGGCGCGAGCUGCCAUCGAGGGCACGUCCGCGGACUGUACCCCGGUGCCGGUCAUCCUCACCGCGAUGCAGCAGCGGAUCUGCAACCUGCUGGGCGAAGCCACUAUCAUCAGUUUACCGCCAGGGGACGCUGAUGCCGCGGAGAUCACUUUACCUGUGACGGUGAACACCGCCGCGCUCACGGAGGCUCUUCCAUCUGACUCGGGUUCAGUCUGUGUUGAAGCAAAGUCACUUAACACUGAAGUGACCUACACUGUUGAAGAAGAAGGAGUAGUGGGUUACUGCACCAGCAGCGUCAGCAACUCUGCCCCCACAGUGGUGACGACCGUCGAGACACCAGUGGAAGUGUUGGUCUCCGCCUCGGAAUCUCUACCGCCUCCCCGGAUCCAGGCCAAGUCUCAGGAGCUGAAGAGCCGCAUCGCCCUGAACUCGGCGCGCCUGCUGCAGGAGCAGAGAGUCACCAACGUCCACAUCCGGCAGAUCGCGCAGCACCUGGAGGGACAGAACGAGCUGCUGCAGAUGAUGCGGCGCUCCCAGGAGGCGCAGGCAUUCGCGCAGGAGAGACAGGCCCUGGCGCUGGAAGGGACGCAGGCCGCCCUGCUGGCCCUGGUGCAGAUCCUGCGGCCCGCUCUCAAAGACCUGCGGAAAUUCCUACAGAGCGGGACUGAGGUCGCCAUCGCCAGCAGCUCAGCGGCCGCAGGUGUCACUGACGGGUCAGGGACAGAGGAGCAGAGCCGGCCCAAAACACCACCAGCAGCACCUGCACCUCCUCCAGAACCAGCCGAGGGGACGCAAUAGACUGUGUGUGUGAGAGUGUGUGUGUGUGUGUGUGUGUGAGGAGCUUCAGAGGACAAUGAGGUUUUGUGUUACUGUUGGUUUACUGUACUGACAUUUUAUGAAUUGUUUAUAAAAGUUACGUUGACACUGUUUUUAUUUUUUACACACUGUUAAUAAUGACUCUCUGUUUGUUAUUAAAGGGGUAGUUAAGGUUUUUUUUUGAAGCGCUGACACACACUGAACCAGUCUAAUUCACAGAUUGGGAACAACACGACAGAUUUUUAGCCAUUUAACAAAAUGCUAACUUCAUAACAUCCAAUCACUUUAAGUCUGUGACAACUAAAGACUGUGUUGAAUGCUUCAUUUCGACCUUGUGCAGCCCUUUUUCACCAGGAAACUUAAGUAUCCACCUCUUUGUGAGUUGCUCACUCUUCCACGACAAAGCCCAUAGAGAAAAUCAGCAAUUUUACAUCAGCACACAGGAGUUGUUGAUUCACUGAUCAGUAAGUUCAAAAUUAUUUUGUGACUUCAGUUAAUGAAAUCCUUUGGUAGCAAAAUCCUACCAAAAGAGGCAGCGGUGGACCAGCAGCUCCUGUUUUUUCUCAAUGGUGUGGAAGUUGAAACUGAAGUUUCCUGUUGAUAAAAACGGUCUAGCAACAAAAUCACAUGGCAAGUACUAUGUUCUUUUUUCAUUUCAUGAUUUGUGCCUUCUGUUAAGUGGCUGAAAUCUGGUUUUCUGCCAAAAGUGCUGACUCUGUGUCAGUUUUUAGGGCAAAGACGCUGAAAAUGACUCCCUGGUGUGUUACUGUUCAAUUGUUUCAGUCACAACUCAAUUAAAAACUGGAAAGAAACAUA